UAACUGAACAUACGCACGGCUUAUUUUUUUUGCUGUCAAAGUAGCACAGGCGAAAACACGUUGCACUGAAUCAGAGUUAAGUUUACAUUGGAUUCGCGCAGUUCCGUGGAAUUUUUGUCCAGGAACCUGUUAAAAACUUAAAAGUAUUUUGUUUUUUUAAAUGGCCGCAAUGGAACGUAAGGGUACCUUUAAGGUGGAAUACCUUCAACAAAUUGAGGAAACUGUGCAAAAGCGAUGGGAAACAGAACGUCUUCAUGAAAGUAAUGCACCAAUAACACCACGUCAAAGUGAAGAUGAAAAAUUCUUUGUGACCUUUCCAUUUCCAUACAUGAAUGGGAGACUACACUUGGGACAUGUUUUCUCUCUGUCUAAAGCGGAAUUCGCAGUACGUUACCAUCGUUUAAAAGGUCGCCGUGUAAUGUGGCCUUUUGGGUUUCACUGCACUGGCAUGCCAAUAAAAGCUUGCGCUGAUAAACUGAAGCGUGAAAUUGAGGAAUUUGGUUGUCCACCAAUAUUUCCUGUGGCAGUUGACCAAGUAGUAGUAGAAAGUGAAUCGCAAUCUGAUGCACCUAAAGAUAAGUCUAAAGGGAAGAAGAGUAAAGCCGUAGCAAAAACUGGUGGUGCUAAGUACCAAUGGCAAAUUAUGCAGUCACUUGGACUCAAGGAUGACGAAAUACAAAACUUUGCUGAAAGCGAACAUUGGCUUAGCUACUUUCCACCGCUAGCUGUGAAGGACUUAAAGCGUAUUGGUGUCCAUGUUGACUGGCGUCGUACAUUUAUUACAACUGAUGUAAAUCCGUUUUUUGAUUCAUUUGUACGUUGGCAAUUCCAACACUUAAAAAGCCGAGGUAAGGUAAUGUAUGGAAAACGUUAUACUAUUUAUUCACCAAAAGAUGGACAGCCUUGUAUGGACCAUGAUCGCUCAACUGGUGAAGGUGUUGGACCGCAAGAAUAUACACUCAUUAAAAUGAAGUUGUUAGCGAAGCCUGAGAAACUUAAAUCAGUAGCCAAUCCUAUUUACUUAGUUGCUGCUACUUUACGUCCAGAAACUAUGUACGGUCAAACAAACUGCUGGCUUCAUCCAGAUAUCAAAUAUAUUGCUUGGAAAACGGCACUUAGUGACGAAGUAUGGAUAAGUACGAGACGAGCAGCUCGUAAUAUGGCUUAUCAAGGAUUCACAGCUAAGGAUGGUGAAAUUGUCGAAAUAGCUGAGUUGCAUGGGCAAGAACUAUUGGGACUUCCGCUAUCAGCACCCUUAACGUCACAUAAAACGAUUUAUACGCUUCCUAUGUUAUCAAUAAAAGAUGAUAAAGGUACUGGCGUAGUUACAUCUGUACCUUCGGACUCACCUGAUGACUAUGCUGCAUUGGUUGAUUUACAGAAAAAAGAAGCUUUCCGGCAAAAGUAUGGCAUUACAGAUGAAAUGGUGCUACCUUUCGUACCAAUUCCAAUUAUUGAUGUACCAACUUUAGGUAACCUUUGUGCUGUUACUGCUUACGAAAAACUUAAAAUCCAAUCGCAGAAUGAUAAGGACAAGUUAGCAGAGGCAAAAGAAAUGUGCUACCUGAAAGGUUUUUAUGAUGGUAUAUUGCUAGUUGGUGAAUUUGCUGGUCGAAAAGUGCAAGACAUAAAGAAAGACCUGCAAAAGAAGCUAAUUGACUCAAAAGAAGCCGAAAUAUAUUAUGAACCAGAGAAGACUAUUAUAUCUCGUUCGGGAGAUCAAUGUGUUGUUGCACUAUGUAAUCAAUGGUAUUUAAAUUAUGGUGAAACCGAAUGGAGGGCACAAGCAUCAAAAAUGUUAAAAAAUUUAGAAACUUUUCAUGAGGAAUGUCGUAAUAAUUUUGAAAAUUGUUUAGAUUGGUUGCAUGAGUACGCAUGCUCGCGUACUUAUGGCCUAGGCACAAAGUUGCCUUGGGAUGAACAAUGGCUUAUUGAAUCUCUAUCAGAUUCCACAAUUUACAUGGCAUUUUAUACAAUUGUACAUUUACUACAAAAUGGUUCCUUUAAAGGAGAAAAAUCAAGUCCACUUGGUAUUACUGCUAAAGAUUUGUCGAAUGAAGUUUGGGAUUAUAUUUUCUUCAACGAUGCUCCGUACCCCAAAUCAACGAAAAUAACAAAAGAAUCAUUUGAAAUAUUACGACGCGAAUUCAAUUAUUGGUAUCCAUUGGAUUUACGUGUUUCGGGAAAAGAUCUUAUACAGAAUCAUUUAACUUUUAUGCUUUAUAAUCAUGCUGCUAUAUGGCCAAAUGAUGAAACGAAGUGGCCUAAAGGAGUUCGUGUAAAUGGUCAUCUAAUGCUCAAUUCCGCUAAGAUGUCUAAAUCUGAUGGCAACUUUUUAACAUUACAUGAAGCAGUGGAUAAAUUCUCUGCCGAUGGUAUGAGGCUUUGUCUAGCAGAUGCUGGUGACAGCAUUGAAGACGCCAAUUUUGUGGAAAGUACAGCUGAUGCAGGCAUAUUGCGUUUAUAUACAUUUAUUGAAUGGGUUAAAGAAAUGAUAGCAACUCGUGGCACACUUCGUAAAGGUGCGCCUGAAACUUUUAACGACAAAGUUUUUAUAAGCGAAAUGAAUUUGAAAACACAACAAACAGAUGAAAAUUAUCGAAAAAUGCUUUUUAAAGAAGCACUCCGAACUGGUUUUUAUGAAUUGCAAAUCGCUAGAGAUAAGUACCGUGAACUUUGUGGCAUACAAGGUAUGCACGAGGACUUGGUCUUUGAAUUUAUACGUCGUCAAUCCCUUCUUAUGGCACCGAUUUGCCCACAUGUAGCGGAGCAUGUCUGGAUACUUUUGGAGAACAAACAAUCCAUAGUUCAUGAACGUUGGCCCUUCGCUGGCGCAGUUGAUGAUGUGAACAUUAUGUGUUCCGAAUAUUUAAUGGAAGCAGCUCACGCUUUUCGAUUAAGUUUUAAAAAUUUGUUAAACGUUAAAGGCAAAGGCGGCAAGGAAAAAGCUGUUGAUCCAAGUAGUGCCAAACCAAAUCGUGCUGUUAUUUGGGUAGCAAAAACAUAUCCACCAUGGCAAUGCUGCAUAUUGGAUACAAUGCGAGAAUUAUACUCAAAAUCAAACGCUUUCCCAGAAAACAAAGUAAUUGCAGCUACAUUACAAAAGAAAGAAGAACUGAAAAAGUAUAUGAAACGAGUUAUGCCCUUUGCUCAAAUGAUACGUGAAAAGGCGGAGAGCGGCAAGGGCAUAGCAGCAAUGGCAGUGAAUUUGGAGUUUGAUGAACGACAAGUGCUAUUAAGUAAUUUAGAGUAUCUCAAACAUACGCUUGACCUGGAUCAACUCGAAGUAAAAUAUACUGACGAUUCCUCAGCACCAGAAAAAACAAGAGAAGAAGUUCGUCCAGGUUCACCCUUCAUAAUAUUCAGUAUUGCACCACACGUAUUGGUUGAGUUGGUUAAUCCUUCUGAACGUUCUGGAUUGUUUCAAGUAAAUACAGUUAUAUCUGAAGGUGAUUCGGUGGAAACGUUGAGACAAAGACUAGCAAAAAUUAUUAAUCUGAAAGGCGAUACAAAUCUACUGAAAAUAUGGCGCUACAAUGAUCCAAUAUUGGGGCCACGUCAAUUGCCUUCGUUCCAAGACUUCAAAGCUGGUAAAAGUGAACUGCAGGAAGGAGAGUUUAUUUUGGAUGUUGAAAAUAAGAAAGUUAGUGCUCAAAUUAAAGGUGAAAACAUUGAACUAGGCAGGAAUUUCGCUUAUGUGGUCGAGUAGUUAAAAUUUAAAAAAUGAUAAUUAUUGUUAAAUAUAAAAAAAAAAUUUUUUUUAAAUACUCUUUGGAAAAAGGCAAAUUUUUAUAUGUAUAUCCUUUUAGAAAUAUUAUUUAUAUUUAUUUUCUUUUAAGCAGUGUUUAAUCAUCAGUUCAAUAACCAAAUAACCAAUAUAAGUAUUUUAGCAUUAGUUUUGUUUUAGUUGAACUAAUACAUAGACAUUACUUUUGUUAAUCUUUACAAUAAUGUAAUUUGUUUUUGUUGAAUACAAGAAUUUGUAAUAGUAAUUGCUGAAAUAUAAUUGGUUAGAUGCGAAUCAAAAAAAAAAAAUGAUUGUAGAUGCUUUUCUUACUUAUGAGUUGUACAACAAACAUUAUUCUUAAGUUGUCUGCAAAAUGUGAAAUAAA